AUGAAUUUAUUAUAAAAGUACAAAAGUACCCUCGAAGAAGUCAAACAUUAUAAAGCCGUGACAACCGUCGUUUACCUUUCUACCGUUCAACGACGGAGAGAAAAGAAAAGACGAAGACUCGCAGGUGAGACCACCAUUUUCAAACAGUGUAACCGUUACUUUAAUUAUCUCCAUGGAUCCACCUCCUCCUCACACAUUCUCAGAUUGCCCGAGAUGGAUUCAGCUCCUCCUCUUCUCCCCUAUGUGUCUUCUUCUUCAUCUUCUAAUACAGAGGAAGAAGACGUUAACCAAGAAUUUGAUCCCCGGUUUGAUCAUCGGUAUGCAGGGGAUUUAAACCGGCCCGAUCUUGGGACCGCUUCAGUGGCCGGUGUUGAACAACGCGUGUCCUGCUUCGCUGUGGUUAUCAUCUUCUGGUUCUUUGUGUCGAUGGCUAUGAUUGUUGGUGUUUACGGACCAAGAAAUGUCUGUCUUGGACCCAACUCUUCUGUUCUUAUUGAACCAAACACCAUUUUUGUACAAAGCGUAAAGGUGAAAGAGUUAGAUGAUUCAAAAUCUGGACUUGAGUUAUUUGGGUUCUAUACAUCUCCUCCUCUUGAUGUUGUAGUGAACUGGUCUGAAUCUCGCUUGGCCUCUGUCUCACAUAACUCUUACAAGGAAUGGCCAUACUAUCUGAACAAAGGAGCUUCGUUGAAUAUUUCAUAUAGUGUCAAACCAGAAGGCCGUUCACUUCGGCUUGUGGUCGAUGAAGGAACGGACUCUUAUCAGUUGUUGGAGGAACAUGCAUCUCAGAACACAGCUCUCUCAUGGAAUCUGAUUCGAGGUAGUGGUGUGAUUGAAGUGAAGAUAAGUAAGUCUUCAAGUUAUUAUGUGGCUGUGGCUAACUCCAACAUGAAGGACGUAGAGGUGGAACUGGAUAUUGAUGUGAGGGCAAUCUUGUAUGAUACUAAACAAUCAUUCUACAAGUGUACCUUCAGCAACGGCGAGUGCACAUUCAAUGAAAUGUGCCUUGUUGGAAACUCUAUUGUCUUAACUUCACCAGCACCAAGACAGGGAGCAUCAGUUGAAGAAGAAUGGUGUAUCAGGUUCUCAUAUCAACCUAGAUGGACUUCUUAUGUAGUCGGCACAGGUUUGGUGACUUGCUUCAUGCUGGUAGCUAUACAACUCUGGAAAAGGUUACAGUGUGAUGGUGAAGAGAGAGAUCAAACCCAAAAUGAUUCAGCGAGAACACGACUACUUGUAAACAAAGAUGAAGAUGGUUCAAGCAUGGGUUCGUCUAAUGAGUCUUUUGCAGCAGAUGAUGCUGAUCUUGAAGACUUUACGGGUAAUGAGGGUGAAGCAAGUAAUAGCACUAGACGUCUCUGUGCCAUUUGUUUUGAUGCUAAACGAGAUUGCUUUUUCCUCCCAUGUGGUCAUUGCGUCUCUUGUUAUCAGUGUGGAACAAAGAUAGCAGAAGCUGCUGGGAGUUGUCCAGUCUGUAGAAGGACGAUGAAGAAGGUGAAGCGAAUUUAUACAGUAUAAGAUGUAAUGUUCAAGAAAUUGGUAAAUGGUAAUUAUGCAUUUUAGGACAUUAGUCUGUGUGGGGUACCGCAUAGACUGAUUUAAUCGUUUUUAGUAAAAAAACCUUUUGUUUUUUUUUUUUGACUGACGACUAGGAGUUACAUAGACCGA